GAGGCGGCGUCAAGGCGGAUGACAGCAUUCGGCUGCGACGCGCUCCCAGCUGGGUGGCGGUGGUAGCGGCAGCGACAGCCCGAGCGGCAGCGGCGUUCGACUUGGCCGCUGCCGAGAGCCGCCGGCGGUAGGGGAGGAAACGGGGGGCUCGCCCUGGCCCGCGGGGCCGAGGGACCCGAGUUCCCGCGCCGCUCGGGGCCGAGCCCCCGCCGCAGCUAGACUGCGCCCUCCGCCGGGGCUGGCUCGCAUUUGCCGCCGGCCGCCGCCACCGAGAGAAGUUGGAGGGUCCCACCGGACACUAGGACCCCGGGCUCGGGGGUCGCCGUGAUCCCGCGGAAGCCUGCUCCCGGCGAGCCGCCUCCUCAGGGGCUCCGCUUCGGGUUUCCAGACCUGUAGAAUGGCUAAACAUUAAUGGAAAGAGAAGCAUAAAUCUAUCUUCCAUUAUGGAGGCAGGUUUAGCCGACGGAGAAUCUGACAGGACUUCGCUUCUUGGUGAUAGCAAAGAUGUCCUUGGGCCAUCAACUGUUGUAGCAAACAGUGAGGAACCUCAGCUUUUGACCCCAGGAAAGAUGAGUCAGCGCCAAGGGAAAGAGGCUUACCCAACACCAACUAAAGAUCCGCACCAGCCCUCUCUCAGUCCCGCAAGUCCUCACAGCCAGGGUUUUGAAAGAGGAAAAGAAGAUAUUUCUCAAAAUAAAGAUGAUUCUUCACUUUCAAUGUCAAAGAGCAAGUCUGAAUCUAAACUUUACAAUGGCUCAGAAAAGGACAGUUCCAGUUCGAGUAAACUCACCAAGAAGGAGUCUCUCAAGGUACAAAAGAAAAAUUACCGUGAAGAGAAGAAGAGAGCCACGAAGGAGUUGCUCAGCACCAUCACAGACCCUUCUGUCAUUGUCAUGGCUGACUGGCUGAAGAUUCGUGGUACCCUAAAGAGCUGGACCAAGUUAUGGUGUGUGUUGAAACCUGGGGUGCUUCUGAUCUAUAAAACACAAAAAAAUGGCCAGUGGGUUGGAACAGUCCUUCUGAAUGCUUGUGAGAUUAUUGAACGUCCGUCAAAAAAGGAUGGCUUUUGUUUCAAGCUAUUCCAUCCCCUGGAGCAGUCUAUUUGGGCAGUGAAGGGUCCAAAGGGUGAAGCAGUUGGAUCCAUAACUCAGCCCUUACCCAGCAGUUACUUGAUUAUCCGAGCGACCUCAGAGUCAGAUGGAAGGUGCUGGAUGGAUGCCCUGGAGUUGGCUCUGAAAUGUUCUAGUCUUCUUAAACGCACAAUGAUCAGGGAAGGAAAGGAACACGACCUGAGCAUUUCAUCAGAUAACACACAUGUGACCCUGUACGGUUUACUGCGUGCGAACAAUCUCCACAGUGGCGACAACUUCCAGUUGAAUGAUAGUGAAAUUGACAGGCAGCACUUUAAAGACCAAGAUAUGUAUUCUGAUAAGUCCGACAAAGAAAACGACCAAGAGCAUGACGAAUCUGAUAAUGAGGUGAUGGGGAAAAGUGAGGAAAGUGACACCGACACAUCAGAAAGGCAAGAUGACUCCUACAUUGAGCCUGAGCCCGUUGAGCCUUUGAAGGAGACCACCUACAUGGAGCAGAGCCAUGAAGAGCUCGGUGAGGCAGGUGAGGCUUCUCAAACGGAAACUGUGUCUGAAGAAAACAAAAGCCUUAUCUGGACUCUGCUCAAACAAGUUCGUCCUGGCAUGGACCUGUCUAGGGUGGUUCUUCCUACGUUUAUUCUGGAGCCCCGGUCUUUCCUGGAUAAACUUUCAGAUUACUACUAUCAUGCAGAUUUCCUGUCUGAGGCUGCUCUCGAAGAAAAUCCGUAUUUCCGUUUGAAGAAAGUUGUAAAAUGGUAUUUGUCAGGGUUCUAUAAAAAGCCAAAGGGACUGAAGAAACCAUAUAAUCCUAUCCUUGGUGAGACUUUCCGUUGUUUAUGGAUUCAUCCCAGAACAAACAGCAAAACGUUCUAUAUUGCUGAGCAGGUGUCCCAUCACCCACCAAUAUCUGCCUUUUAUGUUAGUAACCGAAAAGAUGGAUUUUGCCUUAGUGGUAGCAUCCUGGCCAAGUCCAAGUUUUAUGGAAACUCACUGUCUGCGAUAUUAGAGGGAGAAGCACGGUUAACUUUCUUGAACAGAGGUGAAGAUUAUGUAAUGACAAUGCCGUAUGCUCAUUGUAAAGGAAUUCUUUAUGGCACAAUGACAUUGGAGCUUGGUGGGACUGUCAAUAUUACCUGCCAAAAGACUGGAUACAGUGCAAUACUUGAAUUUAAGCUAAAGCCAUUUCUAGGAAGUAGUGAUUAUGUUAAUCAAAUAUCAGGGAAACUUAAAUUGGGAAAAGAAGUCCUAGCUACUUUGGAAGGCCAUUGGGAUAGUGAAGUUUUCAUUAAUGACAAGAAGACUGAUAACUCAGAGAUUUUCUGGAAUCCAACACCUGACAUCAAACAGUGGAGAUUAAUAAGGCACACUGUGAAAUUUGAAGAACAGGACGAUUUUGAAUCAGAAAAACUCUGGCAGCGAGUAACAAGAGCUAUAAAUGCCAAAGAUCAAACAGAAGCUACUCAAGAAAAGUAUGUUUUGGAAGAAGCUCAAAGACAAGCUGCCAGAGAUCGGAAAACAAAAAAUGAAGAGUGGGCUUGUAAGUUAUUUGAACUUGAUCCACUCACAGGAGAAUGGCACUAUAAGUUUUCAGAUACCCGACCAUGGGACCCACUUAAUGAUAUGAUACAAUUUGAAAAAGAUGGUGUUAUCCAGACCAAAGUGAAACAUCGCACUCCAAUGGUUAGUGUUCCAAAAAUGAAGCAUAAACCAACAAGACAACAGAAGAAGGUGGCAAAGGGCUAUUCCUCCCCAGAGCCCGACAUCCAGGACUCAUCUGGAAGUGAAGCUCAAUCUGUAAAGCCGAGUGCACGAAGAAAGAAGGGAAUAGACCUGGGAGACAUUCAGAGUUCCAUUGAGUCUAUAAAACAAACACAGGAAGAAAUUAAAAGAAAUAUUAUGGCUCUUCGAAAUCACUUACUUUCAAGUGCACCUGCUACGGAUUAUUUUCUGCAACAGAAAGACUACUUCGUCAUUUUCCUUCUGAUUUUGCUUCAAGUCAUAAUAAACUUUAUGUUUAAAUAGAAGUUCUCAACAGUUGACUCCGUGAACUGGAAGAUGAGCCCGGGACCAGUUCCGAUUGGUUUGCUCUUCAGUAAAGCACCACAUUUCCAAACCAGACGGACAACUAGGAGAUCAAUGUAGAAGUGUCUGCCUCCUUUUCACGUCUUUUAUCCUUCACCCAAAACAAGAGCUGUUCUAUUUGAUCAUUAAAAUUGGCUUUGUGUUAAGUGCCAGAACACUUUUGUGAGACUGUGCCUACAUGUGCGUAUGAUAAGCCCACAUGUGUACACAAGAACUCUACAUGUGCGUAUGAUAAGCCCACAUGUGUACACAAGAACUCUUCCCCGACAGUAGUGUCUGUGCUCUGUGGUAUGUUAUGACAUAUUCUGAUACCAUUGUUCAUGACAAAAUGCCAUCAUCUUAUAAAUAUGUAUAGUCAACUGUUCUCUUCAGGAGACUGGCAUACAACUUUAAUUAAGGAAUUACAGUGAGAAAUGAUAGAUAUAUAAUAGACAUACUAUGACUAAUUCAGUACAUUAUACUGUUAAAACCAUCUCCAAGGUAUCUAGCUCGGUUGUCUUAGAAACACCAAGAAAAGUGUGAGUGGUAAGAAUUAAUAUAUCGUGAGAUACAAGUAGAAUGUUUUAAAGGGUUUACACAAGAUUUUAUAACCCCUAGAACUUAAUGUUGCAGAUAUAGGUGUAUCGUACUUAUAUAUACACACAUAUAUAUAUAUCAAUAUUAAAGAUUGGUAUGUAGCUACAUGGAUCUGUAUGUUACAAUCCCACCUUCAGCACUGGCUGACAAGUGGUCAAGUUUAUUUGCCAUCCUUUCCUGGUUUUAAGUCAGCUGGCCUAGGAUGUCUUCCAGACGUUAGUGUUUGUAGGGUAUGUGAAAUCCUGAUAAUUUAGCAUUUUCUUUAUGAAAAACAUUUUGGCAUUCAUUUCGACACUAGAGUGCUCAAUGAGAAAAUAGAAGAGAAAAAAAUUCUGAUAUUUUACUUCUGAAGCCAAAAAAAAAAAAAGGCAGUAAGAAAAGACACUGCAGUGGCCUUUAUUUUAAAAACAUUAAAAUCAAUUUGCUUACAUGUGCAAUAAGUUGAGCAUUUGAGAAUAUCAAGUUAUGAAGUUUAUCAUCUCCUUCCAUCGUCCCGUGGCAAGCUAGUUCUGUACGAGUCCUUUUGUUCCUGCUCAGGCAAGUUUGUUCCUAAGGGUUUUUGCCUGUUUCUUCAGUUCAAUAUUUUGACUUUUUAUUAUUGUGAAAAACAGUUCUUAAUUAAGUUUUGGAACAUGUCAUGAAAUUUAGAUUUCUCCAAACUACAGGUUUCGGAAAGGUUUAUACAGUGAGAAAGUGAGAGCGAGCUGUUGGCAUGGCUCCACCUGCCGUCAGCUAAGGAGAGACUGAGGUGCAGUCAGUCAGCUCUGUGUGAGGUAUACACAGUCAGAGAUGGUCGCCACAGUGCUAAGACCACAGGGAGCUGCCUUCAGUACCUGGGUUCCCAUGAAAAGCCAUCCCCACACGGUGUUAGCAAAACAACGCUGUAUUUCUUAUGAAAAUAGUUUAAACUUUUAACAGCUUAAACAAGGUAUACCUGUAUCCAGUAUUUCAUCAUUGUGGAGUUUUGGGUCAUAUUUCAUAUUUGUCAAUAUAUGUUUUGUAUUCAUAUUCUACUACCAAUAUUAUGCUCAACUGCCUAUUCAUUGAUGUGUGAUAUUUUGUAAAUAUUGUACAACUUGAUCUUUAUAUAAUUUUAAAUUCGUAUUAAUUUAUAUUAUAUAUAACUUAAUUGGUUGAUCGCUAAAAGUUGUUUCAUCGUUAAGCCCUGAAAUGUUCAAUUGUUGGUGACCUUAGGGCUCUGUCUUACUCCUUUGUAUUGUUUCAUGUGGUUUGAACAGGGCUUUAUUUGUAUUGAUAUCUGAGACUGGAAAGGUAAUUGUUUUGUUUUUUUAAUUUCACUUCAGAGCUGAUGUUAAUGGGUCCUUACCCAGGAGUCAGAAACUAAUGAACAGGGUGACUGCUUCUUAUACACUAAAAGCUUAUGUUCAGUCGGAUGUUCCUCUGACGCUUUUAGUGGUAUGAGUUUCUUUCUGUGAACUGAACCCAAAACUCAGGAAUUGCUGGAUUCGUAUGUAAGUUCUUUAACUUAGUGUAUAAUUGACCUUGAGUUUAGCCAGACAGUGUGACUUGACUUUGAACAUUCUGACCUGAGGCUGAUCUCUCUUCAUAAGUGGAUUCAUAAUGUGUGUGACUCACCGUUCCAAACUGUCUGAAAACUCCACAUGGUUUCUCGGGUUUGUGACUCUAUGACCAGUUUUCUUCAUUUAUCUAAAACAUUAUUUUCUCACAUGAAAAUUUAGAUGAGAAGUAAUAAUUCUUGGCAUUUUCAUUUUUCAGUUGUUAAAUGUCUAGCUGUCCACCAUUCAGUGAGAUGCUGCUGCCUAGAAAAGCUAGUAAUAGGCAUAUGAGCUGUAGUGUGCUACAGCAAUAGACAGUUAACGUGCAAUUCCUGCCGCUACUUUUCUUGUAUGACUUAGAAAGGUACAGUGGUAAUCUUUGUCACAGCUCAGUUGACAGCUGCAUUCCAUUGAAAAGUUGGCCUUGUAAGAUACAAUCCUCAUUUACUAUUUCAUGCUUUUGUGCCUUUAAGGAAAUAUUUUUCUUAUUUUGUGUUACAGAACUAUAAUGUGUUCAAAGUGUUUGUAGGCUUACUUGUCAUAAAAGGGUCAUUUCUCUGUCACUUUAUUUCCUUUUAUAUAGCUGAAGAAUAUGUAAACAGUAACGCUGUACUUUUAUAAGGAUUUGUCUAGUUACCUAUUUCAAAUAUAUUCUUACUCAGACAUCAUUAAAGUAAACCUGUCAGAUUAUUCUGAGUAUUGUAAACAGUGCCUUUUUGAUGGAAUUCACACUGUUUUGAGUGUCAACUCGUGCCAUAUUCACAGACUUGUGGAAGGCAGUUUUAACUUUUUGAAGAAUAUCUUCAUCAAAAUUUUAAAAGCAAAUGUAUAAAAUUUCAUCUUUUUCCAGUGUUUAGCAUUUCUAGUCAGCAGUAAAUAGUUUUUUUUUGCUUUUUUGUCUGAUGUACAAGGAUGAUGGCAUAAAAUGAGCCAUACAUGAGUCUGCAGGUUAUUUUGAAUUAUGUUAAAUAUAAAUAAAGAAAAUAUUCAUGUUUAUAUCAAAUUUUCCAAUUUGACCUAUCGGGGGAAACCUCCCAUAAUUCACUAAGUUUACAUUUCAGAUCUCUUUCUUAUUUGACUGAGUGUAUAAAGAGAUUCCUUACAAUGUAUGACCUGCCACCACUGCAUAGUUUGGUUUCAUUUUGUUACAUAUUUUGUGGGUUUAGUAUAUCCACUUUUUGUUACAAUUAUGAUACUAUUUUGUUACAGUUUUUAAAUGAAGAUUGACUUUUAAAAUUGCACAGGACCAGUGUCGUCUUAAUAAGAUUAGCAUAUUUAGUGAGAGCCACAGGAAAACCUUGACGAAAAUGAAUGUGUCUGUACUCUAUGAGGUAUUUAGAAAAAUUAGCCUCUUCAUUUGUCAUGAAAAUUCUUUCAAUACCAUAAUACUGCAGUUCUUUAUCUGAAAGAAAUGCCAUGAAACAUUUGAAUGAUGAGCCACAGACCUUCGGUUGGAUUUACUUUCACUUUUUGGCAUGUUAAAUACACAUUUAAUUUUAAAUACAUCAGUUAAUGGCUGUUUAUAAAGUCAAGCACUACCACUGGUCAGUUUUGUAUGAUAGGCUAUAAGUGUGUUGUUACCUGCAGUGUAAGUAUAGCACACUGCUGAAUUCUCUUAAGGUGCAUAGUUAAUGUAUAGAUAGUCACAGGCGGUUUUGUAAUGUAUACAUUUCUAAUCUAUUAUUCCUAACCUGUUAUGUUUGCAGAGAGAAAAGAAUUUUUCUAAUGAUCUGUAAAAUUAUGUUAACUUCUACAAGUAGGUAUUCUAAAUAAACUUUUUA